UGGGGAAAAAAGUGUCUCCCAACUUAUUUGCAUAUAAUAAUACGUCUCUGACUCUGAUAUAGGCCAAUAUAGUGGCUAGAAACGGACAAUGGAAGCGUGUAGUAACUUGCUAACCGGCUGAACAGUCUAACCUUAGAGGAAAUGAACUUUAAGGUCACGUGCCAAUCCGCAGUUAAUGUUGCUGGUAGGUGGGUUAGUGAAUUUGUUUCGCUAGGCCUACCACGACAAAUCUGCAACUAACGUUAUAUAUCAGGAAUUUGAAUUGUACAGAACAUUGAUUUUUUUUUAAAUCAAAACACAGUAAAAGCGUUAGUGUGAACUUUUAAUCAUAAAAUCGUGUCACCAACAAAUAUGCGCAUACCAAAAAGUAUCGAUUGACAACAAGAUAUAGCCUAGGACAUUCCAGUCGACUUAUGAAACUGACAGUGCGAACAGUGCGAAUAUUUAUUGCGAGAUGAAAAAUGCUUUCUUUGCUGGACGUCGUAAGUGGGUUAGAUGUUUCUACAUUCACCGAAGAAAUAUAUCCAAAGAGGCAACCGGUGAUCCUGCGAGGAGUUGACAUUGGUCAGUGUGUGGAUAAAUGGCGUUCAGUGAACUACCUAACCACCCAGGGCGGUCAGAUGCCGGUCAAGAUACAUGUAUCUGCUACACCACAGAUGGAUUUUAUCAAAAAAAACUUCUCUUACAAAUCCCUUCCUUUUAGUGACUUUGUGCAGCGGGCGUCAGAAGAUGAGCACACUGAAUUUUUUGAGACAAAAACUGAGAAUUAUUAUCUACGAGCCCUUGGGGAUGAUCCGAGGAAGGACAAAGCAGACAUCCACCAACAAUUCCCACGCCUGGCAGACGACAUCAAGUUCCCAAAGUUUUUCCCGCCAGAAAAAUUAUUUUCCAGUGUGUUUCGGAUAGCCUCCAAGGGUACACAGCUGUGGACCCAUUACGAUGUGAUGGACAAUCUGCUGAUGCAGGUUGUAGGACGGAAACGUGUGAUCCUGUUCAGUCCGGCAGAGGUUGACAAGAUGUACCUGAAUGGUGACAAGUCUGAAGUGCUGGACAUAGACAAUCCAGACCCAGGCAAGUUUCCAAAGUUCCUGAAGGCUCACAGACACGAAGGAAUUCUUGAACCUGGUGACAUCCUCUUCAUUCCAGCCCUGUGGUUUCAUAAUGUGAUUUACAAAGACUAUGGUGUGGCGGUGAACGUGUUCUGGAAACAUUUGGACGACUCCCUAUAUGAUCAUCGGGAUGUGUACGGUAACAAGGAUCACGUUCCUUACUCGAGAGCACAACAAAUUUUAGACAGAGCUUUAAAGACUCUAGAGGAACUACCAGAAGAGUACAGGGAAUUUUACGGACACCGACUCAUCUCAAGAAUUGAGAAAAAAGUUCUGCAGAAAGACAAACCACCAUAAAUAAAUUAUUUGAUAAUUGAAACUUUCUCAUUUGCUGUUUCAUUGAAUUUGAUGCAAUCCAUUGACUGCCCACUCGAGGUUAAAUCCACAAUUAGAAAUACAAUUGCCUGAAAUGUCAAAGGAAUGGCAUCCUUUGGAUAAGGGUAUAUAAUGAGAAUUGAGAUCACAGUUAUAAAUUACAUAACUGGUCAUGCUAACAGAACAUCAUACUAAAAGUUAGAGGUAAACCAAACAAGAGGCCCAAAGGGCCUGUAUCGCACGCCUGAAUAUUUAAGCAUUCAUAGCAAAAUAUUCUCAUUUAAUGUUAUACUGUACUACAAAUAUUUCAGUCCCAGACUUUGCCGGCUCCAUUUGUUGAAACUACCAGCCUAUAUGAUUCUAUGUUGUUGUUUUUUUGUCUUCACAUGUACAUAUAUGUAAACAUAUCCUCUCACAGGAGUCACAUCUUUGAUUUAUUUUCCUUGCUUCGGAUGAGUUCUGGAGUUCAGUAUCUGAGAAGUGUUUUUUUUUAACCAAACAUUACUUAUAACUAAACGUCACAUACUGUAUACAUUUACAUCACACCACAAAGACAUAAACUAUUACAAGGCAAUAUAUAUAUCCAUAUAUAUAUUCUGAUUUAAUAAUAAUUUCUAUCUACAUUGCCAUUUAAGUGAACUUCAAUUGAACUAAGUAUAAAAAUUGUAUAGAUAUAUAUUGUAUAUAAGUCAGCUAUUUUUUUGAUAUCAGGAUAUGAAAUGUGUAUAAACAU